CAUCUAUUUGUUGAUUAUGUUGUGACAGGAAGGAUGAAAUGAUCUGUAGUACCUCUUGACCGACCAAUCAAUCAACGUUGGAAGUAUUGACGGCGCAACUAAAAAUACACGGCACGGAAGUUUUCGACGCCGCAAACAAAAUGGCUCUGAAUUUUGCAGACGGAGACAGAUGAAAACUUUAAAAAAAACUUUGCAAGUGCAAAUAUAUUCACAUAAAUAUACUUCAAUUGAAUAAAACGCCAUGCGUGCAAAUGCAAUUAAAAUGAAGGCAGCAUACCGCAUUGAACGCUUGAUAGCCAUAGUUGUGCUGGGAAAGUGAAAAGAAGUAACAAGCGGCCAAAUUGUGAAGAGGGCGAAAAAACUACCAGUUCUAGCCAUACACACUUACACUCAUACAUUCAUAUGUACACAUAAUGGAGGGUAUGGACCUGUGGACUUCAAUGUUUUCCUCCGACUUUGUUGAAGGAGAAAACAGCUUAAACGAACAAUUUGGAGACAUUGAAACCGACUUGGGAAAUAGUAAUGGCAAGACUUUUCCCGUCGACGAGGACGAUGGUGGGGAUGGUGAAGAGAAAAGAAAGGCUAAGAAUGUGGCAGAACCCGACGAUGAUGCCAUUUUUGACUUCGAGCUGGAACCAAUUGUGAGUAUUGCUGAACCGUCGCCAUUACCACCUCCGCCACCUGCGUCUGCCUCAAUUCCUAUGCAACGCCAAUCACUUCCCGCAUCGCUGGGCAGUUCUAUGUCUAUGACGCGUCCGAAGGAACUUCGAAUGUCUGUGGUGCCAAUGCGUCCCACAACGUCCCAGAUUAAUGCGACAGACGAGAACGGAAUACCGAUAAAUUACGAGCUUGGGGUUAUUUAUAUUUGUCCGGCAUGCGGUUCCGAGUAUCGGCAACAGGAUCUUUGGAAGCGCCAUAUGAAUCAAUCUCACCAGUACAAUACGCGCCGGGGCCUGAACUUUGUGGCCAUCGAUAAGCUGUACCACCGGUGCUUGGAGUGCAACAAACACAUAGCCAUGCACAGCAGGGAGAAUCUCUUGAAGCACAAAUUUACGCAUUUACCAUUUCGAUGUACGAAAUGUUACAUCUGCAAGCGGGAGUACAAAUACAGGCAGGAUUUAAUGGUACAUUUGCGUAUGACGCAUUGCGACGAGGUGGUUGCCAUGAUGCGAUCACCGUGUCAGGACGAUUACCACGCGGGGAAAAAGACGCGCGUUAGGGAACCACAAACGGAGGACCUAGGUGGCAAAAAGAGGAUGUAUGAUGAUGAAGAAGACGACAACAUUGAAGUAAAAAAUGAAGUGCUGGAACCGGAUAUGGAUGAACCCACGUUCGGCUUGUCCACAUUUAUUGAUGACGAACAGAGUCGCAGCUCGUCGCAGGCAUCGAACAAGAAAAAACGUAACGCAACGGCCUCUGGGGCCAAUGGUGGAGGCACUGCGGCUGAUAUAUGUGAAGAUUAUAUACACUAUAUGUGCCCGGAAUGCGCAACUGAAUGUGAUACACAGGCGCAGUGGAGUCAGCACAUUGAGUUCGUUCACGAUUUUGUCAGCCGACGAGGUCUGAACUUUCGCAGUGUUGACAUGCAAAUGCAAUGCAUUGAGUGCAACAAGUUUGUGCAGCCGAAUACUAUUAAGGCUCUGCGUCAGCACAAAUUCAGUCAUUUACCACACCAGGAAUGGCUGCGCUGCAAGCUUUGCUAUAAGGGAUAUGCAGAGCACCACUUGCUGGUUGAUCACUUGCUUAAGAAGCAUAAUUUGGAAACAUUGGUACAGGACGACGUGGCUGGAGGUGACGGGGAAGGAGAUGGUGAAGUUAACGACAAUGUGAAUGACCUGGACGAUGACUCGCAGCUGCAGAAUUGGGACCUGCCCCGUCGAGGAGGACGCCAUAUAUCUGCGGACGAUUUUUUCGAGCCGCACAUCGACUACCUCUGUCCACAGUGUGGCAAGGAGUUUCAAGAGAAAAAGCAAUGGCGCACGCACGUUGUAAGGGCGCAUGAUAUGAAUGAUCUAUCGAAGCUAAACUUUGAGGUGAUAAACGACCGGCAGCUAAAGUGCACAGAAUGUGACAAGAUUAUAACAAAUGCGUAUGGCAUACAAAAUGCGCAACAGCAUCGCAUAACGCAUCUACCCCACAAGGCGUUCGCACGCUGUCGCAAGUGCUUUAAGUCCUACACGGAUCGCAAGGGUCUGGUCAAACAUUUGGCCACUUACCACCGCGUUGGCUAUGAGCCCCGCAAAAUGGCAACUCCUUCAACUCUGCCUCCGGUUAAGCAGCCACGCAAACAGAUUGUAACAGUGGCAAAUGAAACGUAUGAGAUUAUUUACUUGGAUGAUGAAGGGUCGCCGCCGCCCAACGAGGACAAUGAUUUUGGUGAGCAAAUGCAGGCGGAUGAGGAGGAUUAUACAGUGAUGAACAGGGACACUGCUACCAAUUAUAGCCGAAGCUAUGGCAGUGCCAGUCCCAAUCGUUACAAGUGUGUGGACUGUGGAUCCCUGUUUUCCACGCAAGUGGCUCUUAAAACGCACAUCAGUGAGGAACACGAUUUCAUGGAAAAAUUAGAUAGUUCGGAAACCGCUGAACCAGCGGUAAGCAGUGCUAGUGGCCGAACUAUUGAACAGAACUACAUUUUCUUGUGUCCCUCCUGUGGUGAGGAGUACAAGACACAGUUCGAGUGGCGGCGCCACAUCAAUGAGGCGCACAACUUCGAUAAACGGCAGUAUUUGAAUAUGCGGCAACUGGACAAGUAUCGUUACCAGUGCACCGUGUGUAGGGACAUUGUGUGUAAUUCAAAGUUAAAAGGACUGCAGGAUCAUCAUUUUCGUCAUUUGCCUUAUCGCUUAUAUCUGAAAUGUCUGGUCUGCGGCACUUGUUACAACCACAAGCCCAAUAUAGCCGCACAUCUGCGCACACGUCACAACAUUAUUGAGAGUCAGCCGUCAGAGCGUGAGUUGCAUGCUCAAAAUCGGCUACUUAAGGAUCCUGUUCCUGAAUCGUCUACAUCCAUUGCUGUGGCGGCACGCACCCUUAAGCCCAAUCCCGGCCAGUUGCCCAUGCGACCGGCCGGCCUGAAUACGCUGGAAGAUAGCAUUUCCUAUCACAAUGCUGUCGACCUCGACUUCAUCACCUACUACUGCCCCAAGUGUAACAAGAACUUUGAUUCGCAUGCCUUCUGGCGUAAGCAUAUCGUUGAGCAGCACAAUUACAAUAGCCGGGAAGGUCUCAACUUCCGCCAAAUAGACAACCAUCACUAUUUGUGCUUGGAGUGCUACAAGCGGGUGACAGUCACGCACACCAAGGGCGCAAUCGGCCAGCUGCAAUCACAUAAAUUCCGCCAUCUACCAUAUCGGUCGUUCAAAUGUCUGACCUGCAGCGGCGAAUUUGUGCGCAAGCAAAUGUUCUUCAAACAUCUGAAUCGCGAUACCAACCGGUGUGACACCCAACCGCGCAGUAGCACAGACGAGCCGUGUGCGGGGCAAGAGUUGGAACAGGAAAAAGAGCAACCCAGCAGCGUUGUAGAGGCCGAUGACGAUACUGACGUGAAUCCGAAUACCUAUCAGUUGCUGUGUCCACAGUGUGGCGAUGAGUUCACCACCAAGGCAUUGUGGCGCGAGCAUAUUAAUAUUUUCCAUGGACUGGGAAAGCGCGAGACCUUGUGUUUCAAUAAAAUUGGCGAAGCUCUAUACAAAUGCACCGAAUGCGAGGAGACGCUGGAAACAAACAAGGUUCGCGUGCUGCAGCAGCAUAGGUUCAAACAUCUACCCUAUCCAGCCUAUAUACGCUGCGAACUGUGCCAGGGCGGCAAGUGUAUGAACAGCAUGCGGGUCCUGCAGCAUCACAUGCGCGAGAAACACCCAUCGUUGGCUGAAGAUGAAGCCAAAAUGCAAAUGCUAAGGGACGAUGAUGAGGAGGACAGUAUUCCUCCCAAUGAUGGACCCUAUAUGCCCUUGCCGCCUCAUCUGCUUGACGAUGUGAACGACAUUGACUUCGAUGAACAGUAUCUGCUAGGCUAGGCUAGAUAGCUGAGAAUAUGCUUCCAGUGGCAAUACACAAUUUUCACUCUUAUUUGAUAUUAAGUAUUUAAAACAUAUACUAAUCUAUAUAUAUUUCGUAGACAUUAGCGCUUCUGUUUCGACUCAUAUUUGUAGGUAAAAAAAUAUUAUUAAAAAAGGUAUGAAAUUAGUACUAACCUCUGAAAUUAAUUUAAGAAAGUACACUUAUUUAUUUAAGUUAGGCAGACUACGUAAAGCCGUUAAUGAACAAAUUACGCGAAACAAUUGGAAAUUAAAUGACAUACGAAAAUCAUGAUUAAAAACUUAAUUAUAUUCAUAAAUCCCUGUA